AUGAUGGAUAACAGCAUUGACGCGCCUCGCUGCUUCUGCAACUCCAAUAACAAGGGAGCGGACUGCUCGAAGGGUGUCGGUCUGUCGAUGACGGAGAUCUUCAUGAUUGUGGAUGUCGCUGCGGUGGUCAUCGUCGUUUUCACUAUUGUUUAUCUGGGAUGCAAGCUGAAGAAGAUUCGUCUUGACCCCGAGGCGAACGUGUCGCUUGAUACGAAAUAUAACGAGCUUGGAUCUAUUGCUUACACCCUUUAAGGAAGGAUUUGCUCAUUUGUAU